AGGGGAACGCUCUGAUUGGCCCCAGCCUCCUCCAAUGGGUUGCCGCGAGAGCCGGUGGGACUGGGGAGUGUCACUGAGCCGGGAAGCGCUCGGGGAUCUCUCCGGGGUCGCGCCGGCUGCUUGGGCUGCUCCGGACUCGCCCUGUGGGAGGAUGAGGCGGGCGCCCUGGCGCUCACUGGCCACCUGCGGCUGGGUGGCUCUGCUCGCAGCCUGCUGCUUUGCGCGUGGGGCAUCCGCAGGUAAUGGUGCAUUUACCAUUCGCCAUGAAAAAACCAGAAAGUGCCUACAAGUUAAAAACUCACAGAUUUUGGCAGCAGACUGCAAGGAGACAAAUGAAACUUUGUGGAAAUGGGUCUCCCAAAAUCGCCUUUUCCACUUGGGAUCCCAACAGUGCCUUGGAUUAAAUAUAGUCAGACCAGCAUCUCCUUUGAAAAUGGUUAAUUGUGAUUCACAGCUCAUGCUAUGGUGGCGAUGUGUUGAUGCUUCCAUAUUUGGUGCAUCCCAGUACAAACUGACUUUAAAAGACAAUGUUGUGACUGCAAAUAUAAAUUCGUCAGACACCUGGAGAAGAAGUAACUCUUCCUAUGAUAUUUGUGAAUACCCUUACCGUGAGAUCUAUACGAGGGAUGGUAACUCCUAUGGAAGGCCCUGUGAGUUCCCCUUCCUAGUUAAUAAGACAUGGUAUCAUGACUGCAUUCGGGAUGUAACACACACAGAUGGUGAAUGGUGUGCCACAACCUCCAAUUACAUUCAGGAUGCCAAAUGGGGAAUCUGCUUAAAACCAGAGAAUGGUUGUCGUGAUACCUGGGAACACGAUCCAGGAUCUGAAAGUUGCUACCAGUUAAACACACAGUCUCCUCUUUCUUGGAAAGAAGCCUAUAUUUCAUGUCAAACACAAGGCGGAGAUUUACUGAGCAUCACAAAUACAACUGAAUUAAGUUAUAUACAAGCUAAAGAUGGCAUUGCAGAGGUGUUUUGGAUUGGCUUAAACCAACUGGACAUUUCUGGAGGUUGGCAGUGGUCAGACCACACACCCUUGAACUUUCUUAACUGGAAUCCAGACAUGCAAAAUGUGUUGCCUUUGGAUGGGUCAAGCUGCGUGGCGAUGAAUGCUGCCUCAGGUCAAUGGCAAAGUUACCACUGUGGGACUGCACUUCCAUAUGUCUGCAAGAAGCCACUUAACAAUACAAAAUCAGAAUUACCAGAUGUUUGGAGGUACUUGGAGACUCAAUGUGAUUCGGGCUGGCUUCCAUACAGUGGUUUUUGCUAUAUGCAGAUGAAUAACCAAGCUUCCUGGAAUAUGGCAAGUCAGUCGUGCAGAGAAAACAAAAGUGACCUCAUCAGCAUACAUUCUUUAGCAGAUGUUGAGCUGGUUGUUACAAAGCUUCAUAAUGAAACUAAAGAGGAAAUAUGGAUGGGUUUCAUGAAUGAGGAUACUCCAGCUUUGUUUAAGUGGUCAGAUGGGUCCAAAGUGGUUUUCACUUACUGGAAUCAGAAUGAACCAACAAUUCCUUUUAACAGCACUCCUAACUGUGUGUCCUAUUCAGGAAAGUUGGGUCGGUGGAGAGUCAAAUCUUGUGAAGAGAAACUGAAAUAUGUAUGUAUGAAAAAAGGAGAAGUUUUGAAUGAAACAUCUGAUAAACAGUGUUUCCCGAAAGAGGGAUGGAAGAGACAUGGAGACUUCUGUUACAAGAUUCAUAACAAUAAAGUAUCCUUUGGAGCUCAGUGCAAUCUUACAAUAAUGAACAGGUUUGAGCAAGAAUUUAUAAACAGUUUGAUUGGAAAAUACAGUAAAGGCAAAGAAAAAUAUUUCUGGAUAGGCUUGCAAGAUAUCAACCGUUCAGGAAAGUAUACCUGGGGUGAUGCAGAUGGGAGAAAAAAUGAAGCUGUGAUGUAUGCAAACUGGAAUUCCUUACAGCCAGCAUUUCCUGGAGGAUGUGUAGCAAUGUCAAGUGGGAAAUCUCUUGGAAAAUGGGAGGCCAAGGACUGUAAAACCUUUACAGCCUUAUCUAUCUGCAAGAACUAUACUGGGCCUCCCAGGCAGCCAGAAGUACUUCCUAAGCCAACUGACCCUUGUCCUCCUGGGUGGCAAAAUGGAUCAGGCCUUGCCUGCUAUAAGUUCUUUCAUAGUGAAAGAGUGCUGAGAACCAGGACAUGGGAAGAGGCAGAAAGAUUCUGUGAAGCACUAGGAGGUCAUCUUCCUAGUUUCACUGAUAUUGCAGAAAUGAAGGAACUCCAUUCUAUACUAAGAGACAUGAUCAGUAAUGACCGAUGGGUCUGGGUGGGACUCAAUAAGAGGAAUCCAGAUUCUCUAGGAACCUGGCAGUGGAGUGAUAAUAAUCCAGAAACUACUGUUAUGUCACAUGAUUUCCAAAGAGAUGUCUAUGACAUUAGAGACUGUGCUGCUUUAAAGACCACUCGAAUACCACGGAGGUAUUUUUGGAGACUUCAUUUCCAUGACGACAGACAAUUGGAUUUUUACUUAAAACCUUUUCAGUGUGAUGCUAGACUUGAAUGGGUUUGCCAGAUAACAAAAGGUAGUACCCCAAAGACACCAGAGUGGUAUAUACCAGAUGUGGAUGGAAUUCAUGGACCGCCACUUGUUAUUGAUGGAGCUGAAUUUUGGUUUGUGCCAGAUAAAAACCUGAGCUACCAAGAAGCUGCUCUCUACUGUGCAAACAAUGAUAGUGACUUAGCAUCUGUGGACUCUUAUACAAAACUAUGGGCACUCCUAACCAAAAUAGAAAAGUUGUCAGGUGCAGAACAGAAGUGGUGGCUGAAAUCCAUGGAUCAUGGAACUAACCAUCAUUCACCUUUACAGUUUUUUCCACGUUUCUAUGAUCGAUUCUGGAGGGAUUGUUGGUAUAUUUCUUCGAGGAGCUGGUAUAAAGACUAUUCAAUAAACUGCAAUCUGAAACUGCCCUUCAUAUGUGAAAAAUCUAAUGCAUCCUUACUGGAGAAACAUGAGCCAGAAUAUCACCCCCCUAAAGGUGGAUGCCCUAAAGAAUGGAUUCUGUUUCAGAACAAGUGUUUUCUAAAGCUAGAACACAGAUUUUUAAAAUUUAAAGAUGCCAAUGAAGUAUGUGAAACUUUUGGAGGCACUCUUCCAUCAAUCUCAAGCCAAGCUGAACAAGAUUUUUUAACAUCCUUGCUUCCUGGUUUGGAAGAAAACAUUUGGAUUGGUUUGAAGUUUUUUUUCAGCACAAGGGAAAACAAAUGGGUAGAUGGCAGUAGACUGCUGUACGGUAACUUUCACCCAUUGCUGAGAGGAACGCUAAGAAAGAUUCCACUUGAUAUGUUUGAUGGGGAGAUAAACAACCAGUGUGGCGUAAUGCUCAACAACCCCAAAUCUUCAUAUGUUGGAACAUGGAAUUUCUUGCCUUGUGCUGAGAAGCAUUUUUUGGGUAUCUGCCAGAAGCCAGCAGGGGCUGCUGACAACCAGACACAGCAAGUCCUUAAUGAAACACUGACCUAUCAAAAUGUCCAUUACACAGUAAUUCUGGAGAAUUUGUCCUGGUAUGAUGCACUGCGGGAGUGCAAACAGAAAAACAUGCAGCUCGUUAGCAUCACAGAUCAGUACCAACAGGCUUUUCUUACUGUGCAGGCUGCCAUUCACAAUUACCCACUGUGGAUUGGACUCUUCAGCAAAGAUGAUGGAAAACAUUAUGGCUGGGCAGAUGGAAAGCGCAUUGAUUUUAGUCGCUGGUCUGAAGAAGACGAAGAAACAAGUGAUGAAUGUGUGUUUUUGGAUAUUGAUGGAUUCUGGAAAACUUCUGAAUGUUCCUCUGAAAAUCCAGGUGCUAUUUGCUACUUGCCAACAAAUGAGACUGAGAAAGAACAAGUUGUUGAACAUAUUAAAUGUCCACAUACGUUUAAAAAUACACCAUGGAUAUCAUUUCAAAAUAGUUGUUACAUUUUCAUGAUAACAAAAGAUAGAUGGCAAGAAAUGAAAUCACAAGAAGCCCACCAUUUAUGCAAGAAAAUAAAUCUAGAUGCAUUUGUCUUGAAUAUUAGAGAUGAGGAAGAAAAUAACUUUGUUGUUGAGCAGCUACGUUCUUUCAGUGGCUUAGCUAGAUGGGUAUGGCUGGGCAUAAUUUAUGAUGACAGCGAUAAUUCCCUAAAAUGGUAUGAUGAAACUUUUGUGUCUUACAAGAACUGGAGACAGGGAAGACCUAAUGUAAAGAAGAAUCAGUUUUUUGCUGGAGUGAACUUUGAUGGGUUUUGGGAUAUUUACAACCGUACGCAAAGUUGGCAAGCUCUUGAAUUUAAUCAACACAGUAUUCUUGCCUGUAAAAUUGAAAUGGGGCCCAGAGAGAACAAGCCUCCAUUGCCUGAGUAUAUACUACAUGGAAAUAGCACAUACAGGAUCCUUCAGAAAAAAAUAACCUGGUAUGAAGCAUUAAGAGAAUGCAAACAGAAUGGAAGUGAUUUAGUCAGCAUACACAGUGAAUCCCAUCAGGUGUUUUUGGACAAUAUUGUAAAGCGUGAUGGAUAUCCACUGUGGAUUGGGCUAUCAAGCCUUGAUGGAAGUGAAUCUAAUUUAGAAUGGUCUGAUGGAAGUGAAUUUGACUACCGUCCCUGGGAACUGGAAAACUCUAAAUCUACUGGGAACUGUGUUUUUCUGGAUACUAAAGGAUUUUGGAAACGUGCAAGGUGCACAAAUGUUAUUGAGGGUGCCAUUUGCUAUACUUCUUCAGACAAGAGACGAUUACAGCCACAGCAAACCAAAGGCUCCUCCAGGUGUCCACAGGGUACUAGAACAUCGCAGUGGUUGCAGUAUAAAGAUCAUUGCUAUGCAUUUGACAUGGCAUUAUACAAUUUUUCAGUAUAUACUGCAGAAGAGGCUAAAAGAGUCUGUCAGAAGCUGGAUCCUUCUGCAACACUAUUGACUAUAAAGGAUGCUGAAGAGAAUAUAUUUGUCAGUAAGCACAUAAGGCAAAAUGACUUCAUCACCAGAAGAGUGUGGCUUGGAUUGUCUCAGAACUUCAGGGCUAAGUCCUUGAACUGGCUUGAUGGUUCAGCAGUUAAAUAUGCCAAUUGGGCAAACGGAACUUCAAAAGUCAAUGGGAAAUGCAGUGUUAUCCUAUCCACAAAUGGAACAUGGUCUGAAGUUGACUGCAGUCAUAGUAAAGGCAGAGUUGUUUGUAAAGCUCCGCUAGGCACUAAUCAUACUGGAGUGGCUAUAGCAUUUGCUCUGUUAAUUAUCCUAGUCUUGGUUGCCGGAUUAAUUUGGUAUCUCUACAAAAAGAAACGGCUUCAGUGGGGUGGCUUCUUUGCAGUACGCUAUGAACGAGGGAUGAAUGAAGAUGAGACUGAUAGUAUGUUUACCAAAGAUGGUUACUGACAAACUGUUCUUACUAAUGGUUUUAUUACAAAUUCCACUGUGUGAAACUAUGGGGAAUGGGCUACUUGACACUUUAUUAGUUCCUUCUGAAAAAUGAGUAAGAUGAUUAUUAACUCAUGGCUAAAUUAUGCCCUCUAAUACAUGUGUGCAAUUUUAAGGCAGUGGGAGUUAACUGAAUUUGGCCUUACCUGUAAAUCUUGCACAAGGUAGAAGUUCCCUGAGCCUCUAUAGCUCUGUGAUUCCAUAUUAACUCUGGGUACUGCCUCUAAAAUCUUUACCUACAUUAUCUUUUUUUUUUACCAAAAAAAAAAAAAGAAAGAAAGAAAAAGGUGUUUUGGGGGGGUUACGGGUGAGGAAUAGACAUUUAAACUGCAAACCAAACAAACUUUAAAUUAAAUAUCUACCUUUUUCAGGCAAUUAUUGAUUUAAACCAUUGGUGUCAAAAGACAUACAUUUUGAAGUACCGUACGUUCCCUGUUUCUAGCAUUAGCACAAAAUAUGAUGAUAAAUACCAGAUAAAUGAUAUUUGGAAUAACCACUUUUGUAAUAAGUCGUUAAGUAUCAACUGUGAUAUAAUACAAAAAGGCUUGUAACCACUAACAAUUUCUGUUCCUACUGAGGUAGAAUCUUAACAUUUGGUAUGCUCAUUAUGGUCCAUUGAGUGCAAGAGAGAAAAAAAAUUAUAUAUCAGAACAUUGAUUUUUUUUUUCUCAGAGGCCACCAAAAGGCCAUCAUCACUCUUCCCUGUCAUAUUGAAUGAUUGUUCAGGUGUCCUUCAGAGCUAGAAUCAUGACGUAGAGUAUGCUCUUUCACUAUGGGAUUCUAUCAAUAAGGAAAUAUCCCUAUUAAAGAACCAGGUAACACUUAAGUCUGAGCCUAUUGCAGGCUCAUACAUGAAUAGCCAUGACCUCCGAAUAUGCUGCUGGUGUCCACACAACUGGGAUUAAGGGCUAAAUACAAACAUGAGCAAAAUUCAAACCUUAUGUAAAUACUCUGUUAUCUUCUAAAAACAGUUCAAUGAAUGGUGUACUUUUCACUGUAAGGAGACUCUCUUUUAAGCAAGAAUUUUCAGUCUUCUUUCAUAGGCUCUGAUUUGUGGGUGAUGCAAGUACCCCAUAGUAGGCAUGUUGAAAAUCAAUUUGUGGGAAUGGGGAGGGAGUCGUAAAGGAAGACUAGCCUUAAACUAGUAGUUAGAGAAUAACCUUUAAAUCUGCCAAAAUCCAUCCUAUGUUUUUAAAGUUGGUAUAGAAUUAGAUCUGAAUGAUGAUGUCCUGCACUAACACAUGGGAAAGACUCACAGUUCAUUUCCUAGUCUGUUGCACUCUGUUGUGUUCAACUCCAGUUGUGUGCAUACAUGCUACAAAUUCUUGAUCUAUUUACAUAUUAGUUAAACUUGAUUUUUAUGUGCUGUGUCAAUUGCCUUUCCUAUAUACUCAAAAAAGGCUACUAGAGUGAAGGGUUUUUUAAAAUAUAUAGUUCUUGAUUAAACCAUUACAGUAAGUCACUGUGUGAAAGUGGAAUAAUAAUUAUAAGAAAAAUGUUUCUUAAUGCACAUUGUCCGUUUAAGAUCAGACCUGUUUACCAUUUUGAAGGAGUGAAUGCUAUUUAAGUAAAAAAAGAAAAAACAAAUAAAACGAAUACUGUAUACAAAAGACCAAAUUAAUCCCUGGUGUAAUUCCAUUGACAUCAGUGUUAUUACAUCAGUAGUACAUUUGGCCAAAUAAGCUGAGAAUACUACUGAUUUUUUUAAGAUACACUGUUAAGGGUGGCCGGCCAGAGAGCCUAUUUAUGAGCUUAUUUUUGUUGCUGAUGCAACACUUUCCUUUGUGCUUGUUUGCACUGUUCUGAUAUGCAAUCUUUUAAAAUAAUAUUUAGAAGUACAGUAUCUCUCUAGCAAGAUUCUUGUAGAUGGUUUUAGUACCCGUAUACAAGAAUAGGUACCAGACAAGCACGCUCAAGAAAAUAGUUCUGUAUUAGUUCUCUAAUUGGCCAUAACUAAGAAAAGAGAGUAAGAAAGAAAUUGGCCUUAUAGCAAUUUAUGCAAAAAACUUUUGAAAUUGGCUGCAAUACCUUGGAGUAAAUUUUAGGUAAAACGUGUGGCUAUUUAACCUUGUUGCUGUGCUUCACAUAUUGCUUUUACAACAGUCUGGUUCUUGUGAUCCUCUAUUUUAUUAUAGUUAUGAAACAUUUAUAUUACAGAAGCACCAAGCAGAGUGGGGUCUUACUAUGGUAAGUGUUGUACAAACACUUGAGGACACAGUUCUUGUCUCUGUGUAUUUAAUGACAAAAAUUUCCAACUAAUGUGAUAAAAUAAAAUAUUAUCAAUAAAGCGAUAGGCAGCAUGGCCAUGAUCCAGCAAAGCACUUAAACGUGCGUAAUUUCAAGUUAACAUAAAUGCUUAAAUGUUUUGCUGGAUGGGGUCUAAAUUAGUGGAUUUAGAGAAGUUUGUACUGUAUUAAAUAAAGUUGUAUAUGGUUCAGUGUCCUUUUCUAACAAAAGUACAGAUCAGGGUAUAUUUGUACAAAUAUAAAUUAGAUACAUGUGUGUUCAGCCUUGCUAGUUUUAUGACUGUUUGCACUUAUGGGCUUGCCUGGAUGUGAAUUUACAGACAGAAAGUGUAUUUUUAAUGUUAUUACCAAGAUAACUAACUUAUGAUUUCAAGACACACAUGAAUAUACAAUAAAAGGAUACAGUGUUUUUAUAAAGUGUUUCAUUUGUGUAUUGUUGUGAAUUAUGUAAAUAAUUUUGUAAAGCACACUUCCAAUGUUUUUUGCAAUAUACCAAUAAAUGGAAUCUUGGGUAGCUUUUAUUUCAUUGAGCACAACUGUCUUAGCAUAAAUGAACAGCCCAUUUUCUGGACUGAAGUGUACAGUGAGGAUAAUAUACAAACAUGCUCUUCUUCACUCUUGAAAGAAUAAAAUUUAUAAAGUCA